AUGUCGACUUUUAGCCGUGAAUUUUUCCACGCGAAUUUUUUGGAUACCGCCUUGAAGAUGUCGACGGAUAGUGUCUCAAACAUAAGGUUACAGCUGUGCCAUUUACUACCGAAAAUCAAGCAGAAUUUGAUGUUGCCGCAUGAUGAGUCGAUAUUGUUAAGACUUGAGAAAAUAGUUCGUGAGAUGUUAUGUGGAGAGCAGAAUGCGCAUUCGAGGCAGUUGAUUCAGACGUAUGCAUGCGAACUAUCGAGAGCUGAGACGAAAAUGGGUACGGAUAAAGUGGACGAGGCGAAACGGAGAGAGGAGAGGGCGUUGUGGGAUGAAGAGAGUUAUGGGUCGUCGAUACGGAUAGAGGCAGAUGCAAAUAAUAAUAGUAAUGUUAACGAUGAUAAUAGUAAUAAGACAAAAUCAGUGGAUCAGUUGAUGAAACAACAAAAAAUUCUGUCAAAAGGAACGACAGCUACUUCGAAGACAAGUGCAGCAUCUCGAAAAGAGCAGCCG